AAUACUAGUUUAUGAACAAAUGGAAUAUAAUUUUAUUUCUUCCUGUUGAUAUAAUAAAUUUCUAAACAUUAAGUUACUACUCGUUCCGGUGCCUCCAAUAUUGACUCGUAGCAUGAGUGGUGAUUUGGAUUUUUCACUCACACGAAAAUUAUUAUUAUUGGUUGUUGUUUUAGUCAUUGUAUUGUUUAUUAAACAAAAAUUGUCAGCGGAAUAGAAACGAAACGUUUUUGAAGCACUAAAAUGACGAGUACAAGUAAAAGACGUGUUUCCUAUUUCUAUAAUCCGGAUGUGGGCAACUUCCAUUAUGGCCCGGGGCACCCCAUGAAACCACAUCGGCUCUCAGUGACUCACAGUCUGGUAAUGAACUAUGGAUUGCACAAGAAGAUGAAAAUAUACAGACCUUACAAAGCUAGCGCCCAAGAUAUGCUGAGAUUCCACAGCGAAGAAUACAUAGAAUUUUUGCAACAGGUUACACCACAAAAUAUUCACUGCAACUCCGUGGGAUACACCAAAUAUUUAUCACAUUUCAGUGUGGGUGAAGAUUGUCCUGUUUUUGAUGGCCUCUUCGAAUUUUGUGCUAUGUACACAGGAGCUUCAUUGGAAGGAGCGCAAAAACUAAAUCAUAAUCACAGCGAUAUCUGCAUAAAUUGGUCCGGAGGCUUGCAUCAUGCCAAGAAAUUCGAAGCAUCGGGUUUUUGUUAUGUCAACGAUAUUGUUAUAGGAAUUUUAGAACUUUUAAAAUACCAUCCGCGGGUUUUGUACAUUGAUAUUGAUGUUCACCAUGGCGAUGGCGUUCAAGAAGCUUUUUACCUUACCGAUCGAGUUAUGACGGUUUCAUUCCAUAAGUAUGGUAAUUACUUUUUCCCCGGAACUGGAGAUAUGUACGAAAUCGGUUCCGAAUCUGGUAGAUACUAUAGUGUCAAUGUUCCACUAAAAGAGGGUAUAGAUGAUCAAAGUUACUUUCAAGUUUUCAAACCCAUAAUAUCGGCCGUCAUGGACUUUUAUCGUCCGACUGCAAUAGUGCUGCAAUGUGGAGCAGACUCACUGGCUGGCGACAGGCUGGGUUGUUUCUCUUUAAGCACCAGGGGUCAUGGAGCGUGUGUAGAAUUUGUUAAAGGAUUUAACGUACCCACUUUGGUUGUUGGUGGGGGAGGAUACACACUGCGAAAUGUUGCUAGAUGCUGGACACAUGAAACAUCCCUAUUGGUUGAUGAGCCAAUAAACAAUGAAUUACCAAUGACUGAAUAUUUGGAAUUUUUUGCUCCUGAUUUUACAUUGCAUCCCGAUAUUAAUUCCCGGCAAGAAAACGCCAACUCAAAACAAUAUUUGGAAGCCAUAGUGAAGCAUGUUUAUGAGAAUCUUAAACUUUGUCAGCAUUCUCCCAGUGUACAGAUGGUACAAGUACCACCAGAUGUGGUUGACAUGGAGGAACUGCGCAAUAUCAAAGAGGAAAAGGAAGAUCCUGAUAACCGUGCAACACAAGCCGAGGAGGAUAAGUUAGUAGAGCCUAAAAAUGAGUUUUACGACGGAGAUCAGGAUCAUGAUCGGGCAGAAACAAACACAGAAAGCUAAGUUCGUCUUUUUAUAUGUAGUGAUAGUUUUUAUGAUUAAAAUGCAUCUUGUAACUAUUGAUAAGAAAAUUAUACAAAUUAAAAAUUCUAUAAGACUUGAAUGUA